AUGAUACGUAGUGUUCUUCGAGGCUCCUCACGAUCAGCACUUGGUCUUCGUUCUGCACGUCAACUUUCGAUCACCGCAGCACUGAAAGCGGUUCGACCACUUGGACCGAAGUGUAAAGUACCUGAUUUUGAGGGUACAGCAGUCGUCGAUGGGGAUUUUAAGGCUAUUUCUUCCAAGGACUUUAGCGGGAAGUGGUUGCUGUUCUUUUUCUAUCCCCUAGAUUUCACAUUCGUUUGCCCAACGGAAAUUAUCGCGUUCGGCGAUCGCGCGAAGGAUUUUCGCGCAUUAGGAUGUGAAGUAGUGGCAUGUUCAUGUGACUCCCAUUUCUCACACCUGGCAUGGACUCAGACUCCACGUAAAGAUGGAGGCCUCGGUGAGAUGGAUAUACCUAUUCUAGCUGAUUUCAACAAAAAAAUUGCGAGAAACUUUGGAGUACUCGAUGAGGAAGCUGGUGUAUCAUUCCGUGGUCUAUUUCUCAUCGAUCCAGAAGGCGUAGUACGUCACACCGUAUGUAAUGAUUUGCCCGUUGGUCGGUCUGUUGAUGAGGCAUUGCGUACACUUAAAGCAUUCCAGUAUGUGGAAAAGCACGGAGAGGUUUGCCCUGCUGACUGGCAUGAUGAUUCACCAACUAUCAAGCCAGGUGUUAAAGACAGCAAAGAGUACUUCAACAAAGUGAAUAAGUGA